GAAGACACCGAACAGAAGAGAUAUAUCUGCUGCAGAACUACUGCUCACUAAACAUCAAAAUCAGCUUCUUAACAGCCUGCUCGACCACAAGUAAAGAUGUCCGCACCGAAGGGAGUCGCUAUUGGAAUCGAUCUCGGCACCACCUACUCCUGUGUUGGUGUUUUCCAACAUGGAAAGGUGGAGAUCAUUGCUAAUGACCAGGGAAACAGAACAACUCCCAGCUACGUAGCCUUCACAGACACCGAAAGGCUGAUUGGCGAUGCUGCCAAGAACCAGGUGGCCAUGAAUCCUAGCAACACGGUGUUCGAUGCGAAGAGGCUAAUCGGGAGGAAGUUUGACGACCCGGUCGUGCAGUCUGACAUGAAGCACUGGUCCUUCGAGGUUGUCAGUGAUGGAGGAAAGCCGAAAGUACAGGUCGAGCACAAAGGUGAGACCAAACAGUUUUACCCAGAAGAGAUCUCCUCGAUGGUUCUGGUGAAGAUGAAGGAGAUCGCGGAGGCUUACCUCGGCCGGAAAGUGUCGAAUGCAGUCAUCACUGUUCCAGCCUACUUUAAUGACUCUCAGAGGCAGGCGACAAAAGAUGCUGGAGUGAUCGCUGGAUUGAAUGUGCUCAGGAUUAUUAAUGAGCCUACAGCCGCCGCCAUCGCGUACGGCCUCGACAAGGGUCAAGGAGGAGAGAGAAACGUCCUGAUCUUCGACCUCGGUGGGGGAACCUUCGAUGUGUCCGUCUUGACGAUUGAGGACGGCAUCUUCGAGGUUAAAGCCACGGCCGGAGACACCCACCUAGGCGGUGAAGACUUUGACAACCGCAUGGUCAACCACUUUGUGGAGGAGUUUAGGAGGAAACACAAGAAGGACAUCGGUCAGAACAAGCGGGCGCUCAGGAGGCUGCGUACGGCGUGCGAGAGGGCCAAGAGAACCCUCUCUUCCAGUUCUCAGGCCAGCAUUGAGAUCGAUUCCCUCUUCGAAGGUACUGACUUCUACACCGCUAUUACGAGAGCCCGCUUCGAAGAGAUGAACGCCGACCUCUUCAGGGGAACGCUGGAACCUGUCGAGAAGGCUCUGCGUGAUGCCAAGAUGGACAAAGCUCAGAUCCACGAUAUCGUCUUAGUCGGCGGUUCUACGAGGAUCCCUAAGAUCCAAAGACUUCUUCAGGAUUUCUUCAAUGGCCGAGAGUUGAACAAGAGCAUCAAUCCUGACGAAGCGGUGGCUUACGGUGCCGCGGUCCAGGCAGCCAUCCUCAUGGGUGACACAUCCGGGAACGUUCAGGAUCUGCUCCUGCUGGACGUGGCACCACUCUCCCUGGGCAUCGAGACUGCUGGAGGAGUGAUGACCGCCCUCAUCAGACGCAACACCACAAUCCCCACCAAGCAGACCCAAGUAUUUAGUACGUACACCGACAACCAGCCCGGCGUCCUCAUUCAAGUCUAUGAAGGUGAGAGAGCCAUGACUAAGGAUAACAACCUGCUCGGGAAGUUCGAUCUCACAGGGAUCCCUCCUGCACCGAGAGGUGUCCCUCAGAUCGAGGUAACCUUCGACGUCGAUGCCAACGGUAUCCUGAACGUCUCGGCUGCCGACAAGAGCACUGGCAAAGAAAACAAGAUCACCAUAACCAACGAUAAAGGCAGGCUGAGCAAAGAGGAGAUCGAACGGAUGGUCCAGGAGGCGGAUACGUACAAAGCGCAAGACGAUCGCCAGCGAGAGAAAAUCGCGGCCAAAAAUUCCCUCGAGUCGUACGCCUUCAACAUGAAGAACAGCGUCGAGGACGACAACAUGAAGGGCAAGAUCGGCGAAGAUGACAAGAACAGGGUGCUGGAGAAGUGCAACCAGGCCAUCGGCUGGCUGGAGAAUAACCAGCUCGCUGAGCAGGAGGAGUACGAGCAUCAGCAGAAAGACCUAGAGAAGGUCUGCAAUCCUAUCGUCAGCAAGCUGUACCAGGGAGGCAUGCCAACAGGAAGCUGUGGAGAUCAGGCACGUGCCAGUUCGGGCAACGCUUCCCAAGGACCAACGAUCGAAGAGGUUGACUAAGUUUCCUCUGAAUGUAAAAUAUGAAGCGCAGCACUGAUGUUCAUUGUUUUGUUUUUUCUAGAUGUACUUAUUUAGUUUUGGGGUUCAUGAUUCCUUAGUUCGGGUUAUCGAGCGCAGCUACAAACAUUCUUUUAGUGGCAUCUGAGGUUCAUUGGCAUUGAAUUGUACUGUAUGUGUUUUCGUACUGUACUGAGUUGAUCACAUAUUGUAGUGCAUGACUGUGCCACCUUAAAUUGGGCUUAAGAGCAUCCACAUGACUUUACUAUUUAAAAAAAUUACAAUUUAAAGUAGCUUUUGGUUCCUUUUCCUACAAUGUUCAGUUCUGAGCUUUCGUUGCAUGCAGUGAAAUAUCUGUACUGUUUUAUCUAUUGGGGUUUUUUGUAUGAAAUAAAAAUAGUUUCAUAUGUGUGUUGGAUUGUAAAAUAGGAUCAGCAGUGCAACUAAUGUAUGAAUCUGUGUGGUUAAGUUAAACAUUUUUACUAUAUUUACUUAUUGUGCGGACACAUCCUCACUCCUGUCCUUGUGUUUCUCUGUGCAAAACUGAGUGUCUUGUUUAUUCUUCUGCUGUUAUUGUAAAUAGUUCAAAAGUCUGUUAAAUAAAUAUAAAUAAUACAAACA